AUGAAACGGAGUGUUACAGGAUUAUUACCUUGCACAGUAAAUGUAUGCUUGAAUCAAGGCACAUGUUUAAUGGAUCCAUUGUUCAGCAAAUUCAAGUGUAUAUGUGGGGCAUAUCAUUCUGGUAAUCUAUGUGAGAAAUUUAAUAGCAGUAUUUUCAUCUGUUCAAAACUUGGUUUAUGUAGACCACUUGGUCCAUAUCUAUUUGGAUUCAGUAUUUUUAUGCUUCUAUGUAUUCUUGUCACUUUUGGACAUGGAUUUUGUCUAUUGUUUGAUAAACUACUGAAAUAUAAAACUUCACAAUUAAAAUUUAUUGGAAGUGUACAAAAUUGUGAUGAGAGAAAGCAGAAUAGUAAUAACCAUGAUUUAAAUAAUGAAUCAAGAAUUCAAGUGUCUAGUUCCUCUGUAAAUAGAAUGAUGAAUCAAAAUCUAUUUCUGAGAAAUAUGUCAAAACUAGAUCAACAUAAAAGUUUCUCAAAUGUAAAAACUCGUGUUCAUUUUAAUGAAAUAAAGCCAAAAUACAAAUGCUUAAUACGUGAUCAAGUCAAAAUGUCACUAAAUGAGGCUGAUCAAAAUCAUCAUGAUAUUAUUAAUUUAACUCGAAUAAACAAGGAUCAGUGUUUAUUGAUUCACAAUGAAGUAAAAUCGAAAAAUCAUUUACAUUUCCAACCGAUGCCAACUUUAUUCAUUAAAAAACCAAAUUAUUCAAAUGAAUUGGACGAAAUAUCUGAAAAUGACAACCUUUAUUUAAAUGAUAAUUCCUACUUAUCAAAUGAGACUAAAGCUUCAAUAAAAUCAUCGUCAUCCAGACAAAAAGUUAAUGUUAAUGAUGAUAAUUGUGGAGGAUAUGAUAAUGACGAUGAUGAUGUUAAUGGUGACGAUAAUGAUAAUAAUGAAGACACAUUAUUAUCACAUUCCGCAAACAAUCCAUCUUUAUCACAAACAAGUUCAAAAUAUCAACAGAAUACGGAACAUACUAACGCUUUAUCAACAUUUGCCAUGACAUCUUAUUUAAACACACAUCAUAAUCACAAAAUAUGUACUAAACAUAUACUUCGAGCUCACAAAAGAGAUUCUUCUUUUUUUAAACGAUUAUUUAAAUGUGGUUAG